CUGCGCCUGUGUCAGAGCAGUGGCUCUGGAAAGAUAAGACGAGCUGGGAGCAGAGACAGACAACUCAGUGCCUAAAGCGUGGAGAAGGGGUCAGCAUGGGUGCUAUGAGAAGUCACUAAAGCUGCACAUAAAACUUUUGAGGACUUCUGCCCAACAUUUUCGUCAACGCUCUGUUUGCGAGUCAACUUAUUGAAAUCAUUAAACCCACAAAGGCGCGGCUGGCUCUCUGUCGGACUGUUUGUAAGGACCGCUGCUCGCCCCGAGUCUCUUCCAGUUCAGCUAGGUUUAACGGGUGAAGGAGGAGGAAACGAGACAGGAUGUAUCAUGAACAAACCGCAACUUUACAAAAGCCACGCUAUGGAACCAUUCAGGAUGAUGAGAGGUUGUCAGCAGAGGAGAUGGAUGAGAGGAGACGACAGAAUAUCGCCUACGAGUACCUGUGUCACUUGGAGGAGGCAAAACGUUGGAUGGAGGCCUGCCUGGAAGAGGGUUUGCCUGCUACCACAGAACUAGAAGAGGGACUGAGGAAUGGUGUCUAUCUUGGCAAACUUGCCAAUUUUUUUGCCCCCAAAUUGGUCUCCACAAAAAAGAUCUAUGACAGAGAUCAGGCUCGUUAUAAGAAUACAGGUCUACAUUUCAGACACACUGACAACACAGUGCAGUGGCUCAGAGCUAUGGAGUCAGUGGGCCUUCCAAAGAUAUUCUAUCCUGAAACGACAGAUGUAUAUGAUCGCAAAAACAUGCCUAAGGUGGUGUACUGCAUACACGCACUGAGCCUAUAUCUGUACAAACUGGGAAUUGCACCACAAAUACAGGACCUUCUGGGGAAAGUGGACUUUACAGAGGAAGAGAUCAGUAACAUGAGGAGUGAGCUGGAGAAGUAUGGCAUACAGAUGCCGGCCUUCAGUAAGAUUGGAGGAAUCCUGGCCAAUGAGCUCUCAGUAGACGAGGCUGCUCUACACGCUGCUGUGAUUGCCAUCAAUGAGGCUGUGGACAGAGGUCAGGCAUCUGUGACCUUUGGAGCCCUAAAUAAUCCAAACGCAAUGUUGAGGAACAUCCAGGAGCCUCUUGCCCAAGACUACCAGUACAGACUGAGCCAGGCUAAGACCAAUAAGCAGAGCCAGUCCUUAGGAAAGAGAACUUCUAUUGCCUCUGAAGAAAGAGAUGUUUAUGAGGAGCUGCUCACACAGCAGGAGAUCCAGGGCUGUAUCCAUUUUGUCAAUGUUCAGGAUGCAGUAAAGCAGGUGAACAGAGCUCUGUCAACCCAGGAGGAAGCUGCUCUGUUGGCUGCACUCAGGCUGGAGGCUCUGGCCCUGCUGGGUGUUCAAGAGUCCAACUGCCACUGGUACCUGGAACAUUUGAUCACCUACUGCCAGCAUAAAUUCAAGGAUGGAAAGGUAGCCAUGAUUGUUGACAGAGAGGAGAUUCAGAGGGUUAUCACCUCCUGCAAUGAUUUUGCAGAGGCGGAGAAGCAAAAACUGGAAGCAGUUGUUGCGAUCAACAGUGCUAUCCGUCGUGGCGUUGCAACAGAGACGGUGGAACAGCUGUUAAAUGCUGUAGCACAACUGCCUCUUGUUUACCAAACUGCUGCCAACCUCUACCAGGCUGAGCUCUUCAGUUUACAGCUACAAGGUGGACGAUCUGGUCUGAGCCACGAGGAGUUGAGUGUUGCUGUGGAGAUGCUCUCCGCUGUAGCUGUGCUGAAUGAGGUGCUGGACACUAAAGACCCCCAGGCUGUGAUUGAACAACUAUCUGACUCUCCACUAGGCUUCACCAACAUGGACCAGGACAACAUCAACAGGUAUGCUGACACACUUAUUAAAAUGCGCUCUGAGGCUUUGGCCAAGGGCCAAGAGUUUCUCACCUGGAAUGAUGUGCAGAAGUGCAUUGACACAGUUAACGUCCAGGUCCAUGAAGAGCAUGAACGCAUAAUAGCCAUUGCUGAGAUUAAUGAGGCUCUGAACUCGGGCGAUCAUCAGCAGACCCUUGCAGCUCUGCUCCUCCCCACAGCCAAACUGACUGGAGUGAACCAAGCCACUGCCAAACACUACCAUGAUGUUCUACAAUACACCAAACAACUUUGUUGCCAGCUCCCAUCUCAGGAGACAGGGGAAAUGAACUCUGGAGAUGAGUCUGCAGUUUUAUGGUUGGACCAGAUUCAAGAUGCCAUACUGACAGCCAAUCAGAAUGAAGAAGACGCUCUCUCAUUGGCUACAGCAGUUGCUGAUAUUAAUAAGAGUGUCACAGAUGGAGGCUCUCAGACUACACUGGAAGCUUUACAAGCCCCCAGUGCAGGACUGAGAGCAGUGCUGCCUGAAUGUGCUGACACAUACCAGGUAGAACUACAACAGAGACAAGCCCAAGGUGCUGCUAAAGGAAUUACAGAUAGUGUUUGGGUAAAACACAGUGUCAAGGACAGAUAUGACUUUUAUUAUAACCUGGAGACUGGAAAAGGCUGCUGGGAGGAACCUGCUGGAUUUCAGCACAAUGAUGGUCAACUAAGUAAAGAGGAAAUCCAGGCCGUUCUGACCCGUUUGACUGCAGAUUAUAACAGGGAACAGUUAUGGUUGGCCAACGAAUCUUUUGUGACGCUGCUGCAGGCCAAUGUCAGAGGUUACUUGGUCAGGAAAAAACACACAAAGAGAAUGGAGUAUCUACAGCAACAAGAGCCACAUGUGGUCAAAUUACAGGCCUGCUGGAAGGGUUGCAAACAGAGAAGACUGUACAGAGACAGAAUUAAUUUGCUGCAGAGAAAUGUUGCUUCUGUUGUAAAGCUCCAGUCUGUGGUGAAGAUGUGGAAAGUUAAGCGCAGCUACAACCAGAGGCUGCAGUUCUUUAAAGACCAUGAAAAGGAAAUAGUUAAGAUCCAGGCUUUUCUUAAAGCAAACAAAGCCAGAGAUGAUUACAGAACACUAACCGGGGCCAAAGAUCCUCCUCUGUCAGUGGUUCGUAAGUUUGUCCACCUGCUAGAGCAAAGUCCUCUGGAUCUGCAGGAAGAGCAGGAAGUGACACGCCUAAGGGAGGAAGUGGUCACCAAGAUUCGCUCCAAUCAGCAGAUGGAGAAAGACCUGAACCUGAUGGACAUUAAGAUUGGACUCCUGGUAAAAAACAGGAUCACACUGCAGGAUGUUGUCUUCCAUAGUAAGAAAAUGAAGAACAAGAAAAGUAAAACAAGUAAACAUGGUCAAACUGCUGCAGAGAGACUGGGCAUCAAGGGUCUAAGUAGAGGACAAAGGCGGAAACUGGAGGCCUACCAACAUCUCUUUUACCUUCUACAGACAAACCCGUCAUAUCUCGCCAAGCUGAUCUUUCAGAUGCCCCAAAACAAGUCAACCAAGUUUAUGGACACUGUUAUCUUUACUUUGUACAACUAUGCCUCCAACCAGAGGGAGGAAUAUCUACUCCUCAAACUAUUCAAGACUUCUCUGGAGGAGGAAAUCAAUUCUAAGGUAGCCCAGAUCCAGGACAUAGUAACAGGAAACCCAACUGUUAUCAAGAUGGUGGUGAGCUUCAACAGAGGUGCACGGGGCCACAACACGCUCAGGCAGCUCCUGGCCCCUGUGGUCAAGGACAUCAUUGAGGACAAGGACUUAGGUAUCAACACCAACCCUGUUGAUGUGUACAAGGCCUGGGUGAACCAGCUGGAGACAGCUACUGGAGAAGCCAGCAAGCUGCCUUACGAAGUGACACCCCAACAGGCCAUGUCACAUGAGGAAGUACGUGACAGGCUAGAGACGUCCAGUCGGGCUCUGCGUUCUGCUACAGAUAAAGUCCUAAAUUCCAUUGUUUCCUCACUGGAUAAUAUCCCUUAUGGCAUGAGGUACAUAGCAAAGGUUCUGAAGAACAGCCUACAUGAAAAGUUUCCAGAUGCUUCAGAAGAUGAGCUGUUGAAGAUUGUAGGAAACCUGCUGUACUAUCGCUUCAUGAACCCAGCCAUUGUGGCGCCUGAUGGCUUUGACAUCAUCGACAUGUCGGCGGGAGGGCAGCUCCACCAAGAGCAACGUCGUAACCUGGGGUCUGUGGCAAAGAUGCUCCAGCACGCGGCUUCCAACAAGUUGUUUGAGGGAGAGAAUGCACAUAUGACGCAGAUGAACGACUACAUAUCACAGACAUAUGAGAAAUUUAGGGUAUUUUUUCAGUUGGCCUGUGAUGUUCCUGAACCAGAGGAGAAGUUUAAUAUUGAUGAAUACUCAGACAUGGUCACCUUGAGCAAACCCAUCAUCUACAUCUCGAUAGAGGAGGUCAUCAAUACUCACUCGUUGUUGUUGGAACAUCUGGAGGCCAUCUCUCCAGACCAUAAUGACCUGCUCCAUGAGCUGCUGCAGGACUUAGGAGAUGUACCUGAUGUUGAGUCUCUGCUUGGCGAGGGAGCAGUUGACCACAAUGACCCGAACAGAGAGGGAACUCUGAAGGAGCAGGCCAAGACAGAAAUCUCUCUCACUCUCACCAGUAAGUUUGAGCUGCUGGAUGGAGACGACAAAGACGUGAAGGCUCUCAUGACAAAGACCAAAAAGCUAAUUGUGGACGUGAUUCGGAUUCAGCCUGGAGAGAAUUUGCCUGAAAUCCUCGAGACUCCAGUUACAGCACCACAAGAGUUGGAGCACAAAUUGGUUGUGGAGCGCCGUGCAGUGCAGGACGCUCAGACCCCAGAGGGUCUGAAGAGCAGUCCUGCAGUCCUAGAGGACAGUCAGCUGCCUCUGGAGCAGAAAAAGAGAAAAAUCCUCAGGAACCUGCGGAACCUGGAGCAGGCCGGCCUGGCUGCUGCCAGUAACAAAUACCAGGACAUCAUCAACGAUAUAUCAAAGGACAUUCGAUACCAAAGACGCUACAGACAGAGGAGGAAGGCCGAGCUGGUCAAGCUGCAGCUGACACUGACUGCUCUGAAUGCAAAAACCUCUUUUUACCAGGAACAGAUGAAUUACUAUGACACCUACAUCAAGACCUGCCUGGAUAAUCUGAACAGGAAGAACUCACGCAGAUCUAUAAAACCUGACAACAAAGGAGAAGAGAAAGGAAGUAAAAAGUGGAAACCACAGUCCCUGAAGUACACGGCAGCCAGGCUACACGAGAAGGGAGUCAUCCUGGAGAUAGAAGGGCUUCAGACCAACCAGUUAAAAAAUGUCAUGUUUGACAUUUCACCCACUGAGGAAGUUGGUGAUUUUGAAGUGAAAGCAAAAUUUAUGGGAGUUGAGAUGGAAAAAGUGCAGCUUCAUUUCCAGGACCUUCUUCAACUCCAGUACGACGGUGUGGCUGUGAUGAAAAUGUUCGACAAAGCUAAAGUCAAUGUCAAUUUGUUAAUCUUUCUUCUUAACAAGAAAUUUUACGGAAAAUGACAACAGUAAAGGCCAAAAAAAAAGAAAAUAUCAGUGCCUCUCUGUAUUUAGAGUACAAAAACCACCAGAUGGUCGAGGAUCGUGUUUGUUUCAGAUAAUGUCGGGUUAAUUCAUUGUAAAUGUAAAGUAAUUUUAAGAAUGAAAUAGUAAUGUAUUAAUGUUUUUGAUGCCAGGAAACACUGCUUCAGUUAUUGUUUCAUCGAAUAUUUCAAAAAACUGUAAGGUCUUGAUG